AUGGUUGGUUUCAUAGCUGAUGAAGUUAAAUACUUCCAAAAAAAUAAAUCUUCAAGUCUUACACAAAGCAAAAAAUCAAAUGAUCCUCAUGAAGAACCACCAAAAAUCAAAGCAUAUUUACCAGAUUAUGGGAAAUCAUGGUAUAAAGUUCCACAUUUAUUGAAAUUGAAUUCAAUUUUGAUGAUUGUUAGUUUGACUUCAACAAACACAGGUUAUGAUGGUUCUUUAUUAAACGCGUUCCAAUCAAUGCCAGAUUGGGCUCACGCAAUGGGUAAACCAACAGGUGCUACACUUGGUGCUGUUGCAAACGGUGUUGUUUUUGGUUGUGCCUUAGGUUUCACAAUAGCUCCAAUGAUUAGUGAUAGAGUUGGUCGUCGUAAUGCUAUAACUGUGGGGAAUAUAAUAAUGCUUAUUGGUGCUAUUUUACAAUCGUGUGCUGGUGCCUGGUUAACGGUUCGUGGUGAAUAUGAACAUAAUGAUCAAAGAACUUAUGCAAUGUUUUUAGUUGCAAGAAUCAUUUUAGGGUUUGGUAAUACUAUCUCAGUUGUGGCUUCUCCUCCUUUAGUUUCUGAAUUAAGUUAUCCAACUCAUAGACAACCAAUGACUGCAUUAUAUAAUUCAAAUUGGUAUCUAGGUGCUAUAAUUGCAGCUUGGGUUAGUUAUGGAUCAAGAAACGUUGCACACAAUUGGUCAUGGAGAAUUCCAUCAAUCAUGCAAGGAUUCUUCCCAUUAAUUCAAACUGUUUUAAUUUAUUUAGUACCAGAAUCUCCAAGAUACCUUAUAUUCAAGGGUAGAUUUGAAGAAGCUAGAAAAAUUUUAUUGAAAUAUCAUGCAGGUGAUGAUGAAUCUAUUGGGGGUGCUUUAGUUGAUUUUGAAAUGUCAGAAAUUGAAAUUGCAAUUGAACAAGAAAAAACAGCUAGUGCAAAUGCUUCAUAUUUGGAUUUUUUCAAAACUGCUGGUAAUAGAAAACGUUUAUUCUUAAUUAUUUUCAUUGGUGUUGUUAUGCAAUUAUGUGGUAAUGGUCUUGUUAGUUAUUAUUUGAACUUGGUUUUAAAUUCUAUUGGUAUUACAUCAACUGAUCAACAAUUAAUCUUCAAUGGUGGAUUAAUGAUUUACAACUAUGGUAUUUCAAUAAUUAUCAACCUUUUCGUUUUCCAAACUUUCAAAAGAAGAGCAACUUUUAUGGCAUCAUUUGCUAUGAUGUUAUUAUUUUAUAUUAUUUGGACUGUUCUUUCUGCUAUUAAUCAACAAAGAAACUUCGAAGAUACAAGUUUAGGGAAAGGUGUUAUGGCUAUGAUUUUUUUGUUUUAUCUUGCUUACAAUUUUGGCUGUAAUGGGUUCCCAUACUUAUACAUUACAGAAAUUACACCUUUCAUCUUGAGAAGUAGAGCUGUUAGUUUGUUUUGGUGUGCUCAACAAAUAACUUUAAUUUAUAAUGGGUUUGUCAAUCCAAUUGCCAUGGAUGCUAUUCAUUGGAAGUAUUACAUUGUUUAUUGUGUUUUACUAUUCAUUGAAUUGAUGGUUAUUUAUUUAACAUUUGUUGAAACUUCAGGAAGAACUUUAGAAGAAGUUGCCGAGGUGUUUGGUGAAGGUAUUGAUGAUUUCAAAUUUGAUUUAGCAAGAGAUAAGAAAACUACUAAUGAACUAGAUCAUAUUGAAGAAGUUAAACUUAUGAAUCCUUAUGAACCAAGCGUUACUGAUUUUAAACCAGAAGUUGCACAUAAAGAUUGA